AUGACGCGAUCAGCUUCCGCAGAGCCUUCGAAGCCGGCCAAGCGCAAGGGCACCAGAAGCGUCUCUACCUUGACGCCGUCUCAGCUGGCGCGAAAGCGUGCCAACGACAGAGAAGCUCAGCGGGCCAUUAGAGCUAGGACAAAGGAGCACAUCGAGAGACUCGAGCGAGAGCUUGAGGAACUCAAGAGCGAACGCAACCGCGACCAGAGCCAGACCGUUCAGGAGCUCUUGCGCAAGAACAAGGCCCUUGAAGAGGAACUGUUCAAGCUCCGUGAGAGCGUGGGCAUUCCUAAUGGGCAGUCUUACCCAAACUCAGGUACGGCUGCCGCAGCUGCCUCGUCCUCUGCGUGGGUGUCUCUUGUUCGUGCUGACUCGGCUCCAGUAUACGACGACAACCUCAGUUCUAUCAGCGGGGCUGUCCCGAGUCCCAGAUCUUCACCAUUCCCAUCAAACGGUGAUUACAACGUGAUGCAAGAACUCGGCCCCUCGUAUGUGCCCAUGCCGGAUGCGUCAGAGUCAUGGGGCCCAGGCAUUCCCGUUUCCGUUCCCUCGACCGUUUCUAGUCCGUCAUCAUCGGCCAACACGGACGAGUACGGCGCAGGCUACAUCCCCACGAGCGUCCCCGCGCCGAUGAUGGACGCCCGUAGCAUCCCGUCCAAGAUGGAGUACGACGACGUCGACUCUGCAGUCGUGGAAUUCGUAUCCAACCCCGGUGUACUACCAACAACCGUCGGCCCAUUGAUCCGCCAGCCAGGCACCACACUCUGGGAGAUUCCGACACUCAUCGUCCCGCCCACUUGUCGAAUCGACCAGCUGUUGGUUGGCUUCAUCCAGGAUUGCCGCCGACUGUCCCAGCUCAAACCCCUUGACUCGCUCCUCCGGCCUGCCAGGGUCAACAUGAAGAAUUUCCUCGAAUACCAUCCUGCUUCACCUACCAACUCACCCCCACGAUGCCAGCUAGCCGACCUCGACCGUGCCGCUUCCAACUCUGCCGCGGCUUCCGGUGCCAACCAUCCCAUGGCCGAGCUCAUUACCGCCCUCGUCAAUAAGGCCGGCGUGACCAACGUCAUUGAACGCCUCGCCGUCUUUGCGGUCAUCCAGCGGGCUGUUGCUUGGCUGGUGCAUCCGACGCGUGAGGCAUACAUGGCCAUGCUGCAAGAGCUCACGCCCAAGCCGAUCCAGACGGCCAUCCCGCACCCGCAGUGGGUUGACCUGAUCCUCUGGGCCCCCCUACGCACUGCCAUCAUCGAGCGGCAGGAUGCAUACGCAAACGAAGAAUUUCAGGCCGUUUACUCGUCUAGUCUGAGGCUCAUCAACUGGCCGUGCCGACCAAUCGAUGCCCUUGUCGUCGACCCGCAGUCUGGAGAGAUGUGGCUGAGCGACACCUUCACAGCCCACGCCAUGCGCGUCGAAAACUGGCGUCUCAAUGAGAACUUCGUCAGACGCUACCCUGAACUCCGUGGCUGCGUUGCCGUCGAAGGGUCAUAG